GCUAUAAAAGAAAUUAGAAAUCUGAGACCGACACAGAGAGACUUCUGACCGGAGAUGGAGUUCUUGGACGAAGAGAGCAGGCCGAGGUUCCUCUUCCAAUCUCGUUCAACCCCCUCUUCAGUCCCCAAUACGCAAACAUACCAAAAACCCAGUAAGCCAUUCCUCUUCGCUACCAUUUCCUUUUCUUCCAUUCUCCUCCUCGUCUCAAUCCUCUUCCUCCAAUCCGAACCCUUCAAAUCUUUCGUCUUCUGGGUCUCCCUCUCUCUCUUCCUCGGUCCCUUCGCCCCUGUUUCCCUCACGGGCGGUGACGUCCGCGUCGGUCAAGGUCCGAUCCUCGAGCUGUCCCCCAAUCAAGAAACUGAAACUUCGGAGGAAAGCAACAAGAGGGUAUCCCAAAGGAGACAGAAACCACGUAGAAAUGAAGAAUUCGGCGUUUAUUCGGUGGCGAGUGUCGAAAACUUUGGUGAGUUUGCGAAGGAAGAGAACGAGGGUGGCAAAACUGGAGGGACUGAAGGUGGUUUCUGUGUGGAGGAAGAGAAGGAGUGGACUGAGGAGGAGAUUGGUGUAUUGAGGAAGCAAUUGAUUAAGCAUCCGGUAGGGAAGCCGGGGCGGUGGGAAGCAAUAGCGGCGGCGUUCGGGGGGAGGCAUAAGGUGGAGAGUGUGAUAAAGAUGGGGAAAGAGCUGGGGGAGAGGAAAACGGAUGAUGGGGAUUCGUAUGCCCAGUUUUUGAAGAAGAGGAAGCCGGUUGAUAAGCGAUCUGAGGGCGAGAUUGGAGUGCUGGAUAGCGGGCUGUUGGAGAAUGGUGAUGCUAAUAAAGAGAGUGGUGGUGGGGAAGCUGGAGUGGGGUGGAGUGCCGGUGAAGAUAUUGCAUUGCUUGGUGCAUUGAAGGCUUUUCCGAAAGAUGUGGCAAUGAGGUGGGAGAAGAUUGCGGCCGCUGUUCCCGGGAAGUCGAAGGCGGCUUGUAUGAAGAGAGUUGCUGAGUUAAAGAGGGAUUUCCGGAGUGCGAAGGCUGCUGCCUAAGAAUUAAAUGAAGAGUCUCUGGGGUUUAUGUGGAUUUUGAGAUAUAGGUCAGCUACUUAUGGAAUUGUUCUAAUUUGUUUUCUUUCUUUUGAUAUUCAGAGAAAUGCCCAUGUUUUGAUUCGGGUUCAACAUGUUAUUGUUUUCUUUACUUGUUCGUCUUAUAAUAAGAAUGAAUCUUAGUGUUUUAGUGCUUUUCAGAAA